AUGCCUCAUGCCACGGACCCCGAGUACGAACAUAUUCAGCUUACGGAACUGGCGCCCACUUUCGGGGCCCAGGUCAUGGGUGUAGAUUUCUCAAACCCGGUCGAGAAAGAGGUGUUUGACGAAAUUCUCAAAGCUAUCACCCAUUAUGGCGUCCUUGUUUUCCGCAAUGCCGGACUCGACGAUGCCCGUCACGUCGCCUUUUCAAGAAUGUUCGGAGAAUUAGACGAUAUUAAACACUUCCUCGCUCUAGGACGCAAGAACAGAUUCGCAUUCGACGAGCUUUUUGAUGUGAGUAAUCAGGAGGACGACGGCUCUUUAGUGAAAAUCGGAAGUCAGCGCCAUCAUUUGGGUCUCGGCAAUCUCAUUUAUCAUACCGACUCGAGCUUCAACCCCCGACGGGCAGGGUACAGCCUCCUCCGUGCCCAUUCGCUACCUCCACCAGGACACGGCGGUAAUACGGAUUUUGCGGACACGCGAGCCGCCUUUGACGAUCUCCCCGAGGACCUGCGCAAGGAAUUAGAAGAGAACGAAUAUAUCGGCGCGCACAGUGUCUGGCACUCGCGCAAAAAAGCCGCGCCAAAGGAUAGCAAAUGGCUCGUCCAUGUUGAUCCGGAAAACUACUUCUUCGGCCGCCACGACGUGGUGCAAACUCACUGGCCCAGUGGGCGCAAGAAUCUGUACAUCGCCAAUCACAUGCACCAUCUCGAAUACAAGCAGCCGAAAUCGGCAGAUUUCAUGGCCACGAAGGCUCAGCCUUUCGAGCGUGUCCCAGAGCCGUAUGGCACGGAACUCAUUGAACGUCUUCUCACGCAUGCUACGCAGGAUAAGUACUUGCUCAGCGUCGAGUGGCAGAAUGAAGGGGACUUGCUCCUCUGGGACAACACAUGCGUCAUGCAUAAGGCUGGUGAAGGGACUUUUAUGGAGAAGUAUGCUAGGGAUAUGAGACGAUGUACGGUGCACGAUGGAAGUAAUGACGCUUGGGGGUAUAACGACAAGAAUGCGUCGAAGGUUGGGUUACCGUAG